AUGGGUUCUGAUGAUAUUUGCAGACGAUGCCAUGAGAGAGAAACGGUUGUGGUAAGCAGGAAGGAGCAUUUUUGUGAGAAAUGCUUUUUAAGGUUUAUUAGGAGCAAACAGAGGAAGCAGAUGAAAGAUGAGAAGUUUAAGGUGAAGUACGGUAAGGAUGAAGAUAGGAUCAAGGAAGAAACUCCAAAAAUAAUGAUUCCAUUGAGAUUCACCACAUCUUCAUUAGUUUUGUUGGAUAUUUUGCUGAACUGGCUAGAUGAACAACUUAGUAUGAGUCCGAGAGCACAUAUUGGCUUCGAUUUGGUAGUGUUGGCGAUGAAUAGCUUUCAAAGCUUGUCGUGGACAACGGAGAAGGUUUCUCAACUUGAAGAAAAGUAUGGUGGAGCUAAGGAGAUGCAGAGAUUACAUGUUUCAAUGGAAAUUGUCGAUUUGGAUGAGAUGGUGAGGAAGAAUACACAGAUCAGAGAGGUUUACCUGAGAAAUUACACAAGUUUUUGUGCAAAGGGACUCCAGAAAGUAGGAAGUUUACAUGAAAUGGUUGGCCAGAUCACUGACAAGUCUCUUCAGGAGGAUUUUCUUCUGGUAUUGGAGGAAGAUGUGAUCGUUAAACGUUGUAUUGCAAAUAGGUGUUCGUGCUUAGUAUUUUCCGACUCUAUGAGUGAACUAGCAGUGUCUGUAUUAGGGUUAACGGCUAGAGGAAGAGGAGAGAAGAUUUCCGAGAAGCUUGGAGGUGAUAUGGUCAAAGAAACAUCGAUAGAAUCGUUAUAUCCAUUGAGAGAUGUGCUAGGGACAGAGGUGAAAAGAUAUGCUGAACUAUGUGACUUGACAUCGUUUGUGGUACCUAGAGAGAGUAAGGGUAAAUCCGUGAAGAAUAAGACGAUUAAUGAGCUAGUGGAAGAGUAUUUUGAGUCUGUGGAACCAGAAUAUCCAGAAGUAGUAUCUACAGUGGUGAAGGCAGGAUCAAAACUUACCAGGAAGACUUGUGUUUCAGAUCCAUUGAGAUGCUCGUUAUGUGACGGAAUAAUCCCGGAAGAUCCUGGCGAAUGGCUAGAAAAUAGGACUGUUACUGACGGUAUUCCUGCUGAGACUGAUGAAGAGAGAGCCAACUAUCAAAAAUACAUACUAAGUGUCACGGAAAAGCCGUCUACUGAAGCUGAGAUGUACAAGAUGCCCUCCGGCGAGUCAGACAUAAUUCUGGAAAAGGCUCUUAUUGAGCUUCAGAAGGUGGAAAAAGAGCAACAGGAGAUUGACAAGAAGGUGCAGAAGUACCGGGUGCAACUAACCAAGCCUCUCUUCGCAGAAAGAAGAAAGGCAAUUCGUCAGAUCCCAAAGUUCUGGUACAUAGUUUUAGCGCAGCAUGAAGACUUUCAGGAAUAUAUUCAGACCGAAGACAUGAAAUACCUUGAGUUUAUUAAGGACCUAUAUGUUGAGAAGAUGGCAGAUGAGAAAGGUCCAAACGAGGACCCAAAGACGUUUGCACUAACGUUUACAUUUGAGUCACCUAACAAGGAGAUUGAUAGCCAAACUGUGACCAAAUACUUCUACACGGAGGUGAACCCUGACACCGGUUACGAGAGUAUCAAAUCACAUGAUGCUAAGAUUGAGUGGCCGAAAGAGUUUGAUGAUAUCAAUCCGAAUUUGAUCAAGAAGAGUCGAAAAGACCAUAAAUGGACUCACGAAAAGAAGAAGAAUUACCGGGUUGGAAUGAAAUCGUUCUUUGCCUUUUUUUCUUGGACAGGACUUAAGGAUAAUAAGGAAUUCAGGUAUGGAGAACAGCUUGCGGAGAUGUUUUCCGAGGAUAUCUUUCCAUUGGCUGUAGAGUAUUACACAUUAGCGGCUCCUGGAAUAGGAAAGGACGGGGAAGACGAAGAGUCUGAUUCUAGUAGUGAAGAGUUAGAUAUAGAUAGUGAUGAAGAUGAUGAUGAAGAUUAUAAAAAGCCGGCGUCUAAGAAGCAGAAAAUACAUCAAUAA